UUCCUGUGGACACAAAAACACAGAAACCUGAUGCAUAUUUAAUCAUGAGAGAGAGAGAGAGAGAGAGAUAAAGGUUGGUGUUGUUUGUCUGUGAGGCUUUCUUAAUGGAGAGCAGCGGAGACAUGGUGGUCUCAAUGGAUUCAGCAAAGCCAGUGCCGGCGCCUUUCCUGACCAAGACUUACCAGCUGGUUGACGAUCCCUGCACCGAUCCAAUCGUCUCCUGGGGUGGCGACGAAGGCACCUUCGUGGUAUGGAGGCCACCGGAGUUCGCCAGGGAUCUGCUGCCCAACUAUUUCAAGCACAGCAACUUCUCCAGCUUCGUGAGACAGCUCAACACUUACGGUUUCAGAAAGAUUGCGGCGGAUAGGUGGGAGUUUGCCAAUGAGUACUUCAGGAGAGGAGAGAAGCAUUUGUUGUCUGAGAUACACAGAAGGAAGACCUCUCAAGUCCCUCAGUUCUUCCACUGCCACCCCCAGCACGCCUGGAUUGAGCCACCUUCGGCAGUGCCGGGUGGCGACGUCGACUUCCUCUCGGCUCUUUCGGAGGACAACCAGAGGCUGAGGAAGAAGAACUCUCUGCUCUUAUCAGAACUCACCCGCAUGAAGAAGCUCUACAACGACAUCAUCUACUUCAUCCAACACCAUGUCGCCCCCCCAGUCGCGCCUGAACCAAGGCAUGCCAGGUUGGUGGAGCUGCCGCCCUGCGAUCAGAACCAGCCUCUUCCGGCGACUGCCGAGCCAGACAGCGGUGUCAAGCUCUUCGGCUUUCCGAUCCAUGGCAAGAAGCGGCUCAACCGCGAGACGAUCUGCCUUGCAGAAUCCAAUCCUGAGGAGCAGAAACCACUGGAGAAAUCCCUUGAGAGAGAAGGUUCAGUACAAGAUGUUAGAGAGUCGUAAUGCCGUCUCCCAAGCAUUCAACUUUUGUGGCAUUUUGUAAGGUUUUCAGCUGGGGAAGCUGAAUCUGCCGUUCCUAUGAGUAAUUUAGCAGCAUUUCUUUGUAUUCCCAGUCUUUGAAGUAGAUUCCACCUUUAGAUUUCA